AUGCAGGUGAAAGCAGGAUAUCUAGUUGUAAUUGGAAAAAAAUAUGAACUGCGAUGCGCGACCGGAUUUGCUAAUUUGCUACGGCCAAGUGGAUACGCUUUGGCUUGUGCUGACGACACUCCAUCAUUGCAACUCGUACCUUUCUGCCUCGCUUUUAAGGUUGGGUAUGAAACUGAGGUGUGGUGUCAGAGAUAUGAGCUGUUUUGUAAUGAAAAAGAGCGCCGAGAUAAGGCGAACGAGCUCAUUGCCUCGAUGGAUGGUGCUGUCAAAGUUCAUUACAGAUGA